AUGUUCAACAUCAAGCGCUUUGACCCCAACUCGACCACCGUCCCGAAUGGAAUUCGAACCGUCUUACCCUCGGAAGAACGAGUCUUGGAUGAUGUCGCACUCAAGAUUCAACAGAGGAAGAAUAAACGAAAAGCUUUCCUAGUCGAGGAGGAUCCCCCUUUAGAUCCAGUGGCUUCGACAUCGAGUUUGAGAUCCGCGCCGUCGUUGAGCACGAAAGGUGAUCAAGGUUUGGGCUCUAAAGGGAUGGAUGAGGUUGGUGAGGGGGGAUGGAAACCUGCACCUGGUGAAUCACCUGCGGAGAGGGAGAAGAGGUUGAAGAGGGAGAAGAGGGCGGCCAAGUUCGGAUUCGAUCCUUACGCUCGAACUCGACCGAGCGAAACGAACGAAGAUUCCACUUCGAUUUAUCAAGCACCUUCAACGACACCGCUCUUACCGAUCGGUACGACGGGUAUUACGGGUGAAUGGAAACCUGCUCCUGGGGAGUCACCAGCGGAGAGGGAGAAGAGGAUCAAGAGGGAGAAACGAGCGGCCAAAUUGGGAUUACCGAACCCUUCGCUUGGUGAAUCGAAUUCGAAUCACUUGGGUCAAUCGAUCAACUCGCGUUUCGUUCCACCCCCUUCUUCGUCGGCGUUCCCAAAGUCGUAUCAUACAGAAGAAGGAGCGCCGCAAACAGAAGGGGCAGGUCUUUCGACCAUUCAUCCUGAUCGAUUGGCCGCACCGGCACUAGCGAGGGAGCUCAAGGCGAAGAAACCGCAGGCGACGACACCUGCCAGGUUGAGGUAUUUGAAGAAGAAAAAGUUGAGGGCAAAGGGGAGGAAGAGGGGGAUGGCUUCCGGUGCGGGCAAGAAGGAUGGUGUGGGGUCGACGGUGGGGGGAACUAGUAUCGGGGGAACGAGCGUGGCGGGGACUGAGGUGGGGAGUGAUGAGGAGGAGGGGGAGGAAGACGUAAAGGAGGACGGGAAGACGAUGGAGAGGAAGAUGGAAAAGGAUGAGGAGAAGCUGAGGAUCAUCGCGGAGAAGAAGGCCGAACGCAAAGCCAAGAGGGACGCGAAAAAGGCCGAGAUUCGGAAACUCAAAGCAGAGGGAGGGGUCGUCCCGCCUACGAAACCAAGGGUCAUUGCGGCGAAACCCAGCUCACCAGUGGCUUCCGCUGUGAAGACGGGUUCGGUCACGCUCAAGGUUGUCCCCGAGGUCCCCGAGGUCGUCGAGGACAAGCCUGCUGAACCGACAGAGGAGGAGCUUGAGAAGCGCAAAGAAAAGGAGGCGCGCUUGGCGCGCAAGGAGGCGAAACGACAAAAACGAGCGACGCGACACACCGUCGAAGAACCCACGCAAGACGAGGAUAUCGAACUCGAAGGACCACCGACAUUGAUCCCUACGGCUCAUAAGGUGGAACAAGAUGUCCCGAUCGCGGUCUCGGACAAACCCAUCCCGAUGGAAGCGGAUCCGGUACCUCAACGAGCGGUGGAAGAGGAACCGAGCCCUUUGUUGAGGUUACCGAGCGCGACGCGACCUGCACCACCGAGCAAGAAGACGUUGAGCGAGCUCAACGUGCACGAGAGUGUGAGAAAUAAGAGGAUUGUCGAUCCGGAGAGGAAGGUCAGGUUCGAUGAUGAGACGCUGGGGUUGGCGGAGAGGGGGAGGAAGAGGUUGGCGGAGAUGGGGUUAACAGAGGCUUUUGCCGGUGAGACUCCUGAGCGUAGUAGUCGAAGGUGAGCCACAGCUGCUGACGAGAUCUUCUUGAUUUGUUUCAAAGUGCAAACUGAGGUGCUGCCGCUACUCUUGCCACCUGGGGAACCCAAUUCGCUGUACUCGCCUUUCCGACCCCCGCGAGACGUGUGUGUCUCGGCUCCGACGGGUAGCGGAAAGACGCUGAGCUACGUCAUUCCCAUCGUCGAGGUGAGCUUGUCCCCUUCGCACGUGAGGUAACGCGCACUGAUCACUUUCUUUCCUUCCGAUUAGACCCUCGCACCCCGCAUCGUCACAUGUCUCCGUGCCCUCAUCGUCUUGCCCACCCGAGACCUCGUAGGCCAAGUGCGAGAAACCUUCGAAGCGUUCAGCAAAGGCCUCGGACUCAAGAUCGGCACCGCCACAGGCCAACACUCUUUCACGCACGAACAAACCUCGCUCGUAGGCGAGAACGCUUCAACAAGUUUUUUGCAAGGUGGUUCGAGUUUGGUCGACAUUUUGAUCGUCACUCCCGGUCGAUUGAUGGAUCAUCUCAGGUCCACACCGGGGUUCUCGUUGCAGCAUUUGAGGUACCUCGUUGUCGACGAGGCGGAUCGGUUGCUUACGCAGUCUUUCAAUGAGUGGUUACCUGCGGUGUUGGCGGCCUUACACCCUACCCCAUCGACGACGAGAGCUUCUAUCGAGCCCUCCUCGCGCUCGGACCGAGCCGACAUUCAAGCGCCAGCAUGGUGGGAUGCCGAAACCGGACGCACGUGUUCAGAACUCGACGUUCGCUCCGUCUCCUCAUGUCAAAAACUUCUCUUCUCCGCGACCCUUUCCCGUGACCCAGCCAAGAUCGACUCCCUUCAACUCCAUCGACCCCUCUACAUUUCCGUCGAAGACGCUCUCGACCCUCACGCCGAAGACGAAGCGAUCGAUCAAGAAUUGAAAUUCACCUUCCCCGCUUCGUUGAAGGAACAAAUGAUCAUUUCACCCUCGACGCAUAAGCCGUUGUAUUUAUUGCACUUGUUGCAUGGGAUCAAGGUCGAGGCGGCGUUGUGUUUCACUAAAUCGGUCGAGGCGGCGAAUAGGUUGGCCAAAUUGGUCGAGUUCUUUGAACAGGCUAGGAAGAGCAGAGGUAUUGGAGAAGGGGAGGGUGAGGAAAAGUCGCCAGUCGUAAAAGCUUAUUCGAGUGAUUUGGCACCGGUGGAAAGGAUGAAAUUGUUGAUGGCGUUCAAGCAGGGCGAGAUUCAAAUGUAAGCUUUCCAUAUCUCCCCCUUGCUCCACGCUAGUUCGCUGACCUAAACGAGUCGACCUCUACCUAGGCUCAUCUGUUCCGACCUAAUCUCCCGCGGUAUCGACCUCCCUCACGUCAACCACGUCAUUUCGUACGACAUCCCCGCCGACAUGCGUAAAUACGUUCAUCGAGUAGGUCGUACCGCUCGAGCCGGUAAAGCAGGUAACGCUUGGUCCUUGAUCGAAGAUCCCGAAGUCGCGCCCUUCAAAGCGAUCAUGAAAGCGGCGCAACAUUGGGAACGGAUCAAGAGGGUAAGGGUCAAGGAUUCGGAUGUGGAACGCUUCGUAGAGGAUUAUCAGGUCGCUCUGGAGAAACUUAAGAGUUAUUUCGCGACGGGUCAGGCGGCGCGAAGGGAGGUUUGA